CUAGUUUUCCGACGUUUGAUGCACUGUGAGAAGUGAUCCAAGUACAGAUGCGGUAUUAAUACCCGACCCUUCAGCCCAUAAAACCUCAACUACAAGCAACAAAAACAAUUCAACAAAAACAAUCCCCAGCAACAUGACUAUUAGAAGCGAUAGUACUAGUACCGGUAGCACAGAAGACUUGCAUGAUAUCUCUUUGGAUGGCGCCGAGAAAGGCGAGACCACAACACCCAGUGCAAGAUUGGACGAGAGAAAGGGAUCGGACAGUGAGCAACCAAGCAGUGUCAAACCAACGCGACGAUCGCUCCGCAAGCAUUUCUUCUUCUUUCUUAUGGGCAUUGGCCUUGGUGCUUUCGUUGCUAAAUUCCUGCUGGAGCUAAAGAUCGAUCGUGGCACUACCCACCAAACCGAAGCCCAAGAAGACAAAGAAGCCAACCAGGACAACAACAGAACACUCCUGACAGCCAAAACCUCACCGGAGCUGUUGAAGGCAUUCAACCACAUGAUAAUCUUUGGAGAUUCCUUUUCAGACACUGGCAAUAUCUAUGCUGCUUCCAACCAGACAGCCCCAGCUAGUCCUCCAUACUAUCAAGGGAGAUAUUCCAACGGACUCAACUAUGCAGAUUUCCUCGCUGAGAGGCUGGGCAAAGAAGAAGGCUUCAUUCAAAACUAUGCCUGUGGUGGAGCAACAACCGACAGCAACGUGAUCUCUGCGGAAUCGACCUUUCUUCAAGGCCCCGUUCCAGCUGUGAAUGAGCAAAUUCAGACGUUUACUGCCGAUCAAGCAGAGUCCUCGUCCCUAUUGAACAGCAACUCGACACUGUACAUUUUGUAUUCCGGAUACAACGACUAUUGGUGGUGGAUGUAUCGCCAUAGUGAAAACGCAACAGGCUCUUCAUUGCUGCCCUCAGAAGCCGCAAUGGAAAGGUUUGCCGAACAGGUGUCCUCGGCUGUUGUAGGCAAUAUUGUGAACUUGUAUGAGGACAGCAGGGUCAGUGGGCGUCACUUUUUGGUUGCAGACCUUGCCCCCAUGAAACACUUUCCGGAGGCGACCAACUACACUUCCGAGUAUCUUGAAGCCUAUCACUUCCUGACCCAGAGGCACAAUGCUCUUCUGGAGGAAAAGCUGGAUCUCUUUCAAAAGGAACGAUUUGGUCUUGAGGAUGAUGAAGUUGCCACCAUUCAACGACUGAAAAUACAUGAUCUCUACAUGAGCCUUCUUAGGAACCCGACCGAGAAUGGAUUCAGCCCCACUACUACAAAUAUGGUAGAUACCAAAGCUUGUCUUUCAGGCGACAUCCAAUGCGCUCUGCCCUUUGGCAAUCUCUUUUGGGAUGAUUAUCAUCCGACAACUCAUACACACUUUCUGAUCUCCCAAGAGAUUGUGAACACGUACCAGUAAUAGCUCUGACUGAGUUUUUUUUUAGCUACUCGUAGUUUUCAUACAAAUAGUCUAAGUUGAAAUGGAGAUACUACCAUACUCCAAUGACA